GCCUCGCGGAUGGCUGGUUCCACAGCAGGCAAAGCGAUGUCCGUUCGCGACGAACAGCCAGGGACCUCAUCGCUCAGGUCCGCGGUGGACGUGAGCGACAUCUUGGGCCAGGACUUCGUGGUGGAGAGCGUGUUCGAGUACCUGGGCAUCGAGGAGCUCUUCGCGUGCGCCGAGGUGAACCGGCUGUGGCAGUCGGUUGCCCUGUCUCUGCUGAGGAAGAAGCUAAUCUCCGUCUCCAUCUGCUGUUCACCGGAAUCGGAGCAGCCGGCCCAGGAUCCCCCGCUGGACAGGCUACACGCAUGCGUCGAGAUCCUGUGCUCGAAGUUCGCUCGCUACCGCAACAUCGCGCGCCUGGCCGGCAUGCGUCCAUCACUUGUGUUCCUGUCCUACCACGCCGACCUGAACGAGGACCGGAGGGUGGUGGACUGCGUGCGCGAGCUGCUGCCCCUGGACUCUGUCAUCGUGUAUUUCAAGCUGGAGCUCAUCCGAGUGGCAGACGACUCCGAUGACAGCACACACGAGGGUGUGUUCGGCGAGUUCUUAUUCCACGCCGAGCCAGCCGUGCAGCCUGCGCCAACCGACGACGACCAGCAGCAACCACCGCCGCUGGACAGCUCCGUCCCCGGUCCAUCGUCGUCGUCGGGGCCGAGCCAGGCGCAGAGGCGUCGUUCCGGGGCCGAGCCACCACCCGUUCCGGUUGCUGCUGCCCCAGCCGGUGGAUCGCUGCCGGCGCUGCCUGCCGUCUGGCCACGUCCCCGAAUUCCAUCGAUGGCCAGAGGCAGCGGCGCCGUCUUCCGUAACGUGCUGCCCGGCGUGCUCGUGUUCCAGGCACUGCACGUCAUCGAAGGCACACUGGAGGCGGACGUCGCCAACUCCCGCUUCACGGAGGAGGCCACCGGCAGGAUCCGUGGAGGCGAGCGCGUUGAGCAGGCGCUGUCUCCACUCCGCUGUGACGUGGAAAGUGGAACCACAUAG